GUCCUCGCGAGUGGGGAGGAUCCGGCUAACGGAACCGCAGCCACGCACUGCCAUUCUUCCGGCGAAGGAUAGAAGCCCGUCGAAUCGCCAAACAGAGAACCGCAAGUGGUCAAGCCGGUAUCCUCGAAACGCACUUCCCGCAACCAACAUGGUCUCUUUCAAGUCCAGUGAGUGUCGCGUCGGUAUUUUUCUCGCGGCAUCUUCCCGAAAAGAAUCGCGUGAAACCGUGUAACGUCGAUCCGAUGGACGCCACGUGGGUUAAAACUAAUCCCACGGGGGAAACGAUAGAAGGAUGCGAGUCAGUCAAACAAGGAGCCGAAAUGCAGCAAAAUGUUGACGAGAAAGCCGAUCUGUUCGACGUCACGUCGGUUAAAAUCAACCCCACGGGGGAAACGAUCGAAGAGCCGGCCGAGCAAGGAGCCGGAAAGCUGCAAAAUGCUGGCAAGAAGACCGUUGCAGCGACACCAUGGCAAGUGGCGACAUUCAUAUGUGCGGUCGUAUGCGUCGCAGCAUUCAUCCUCGUGAACGCGGCGUGGCUAUACUCGACGUAUUUUCCUCCUCGUUGCAUCACCGCGCCGACGUCGAUUUCCUCAUCCGGCUCUUCAGGCACUUCCGAAUACGAGGAUCGGUUGUAGAUCUCUCCUUGAGAGGACUUUCCUCGUUGAGUAUGCAGCAGGUUUUAAUGGCUAAUGGACAUUACGUCUGAAAAUCAUCAUCAUUCUUCCGUCAUCAUCGAGCUCGAAUCCGUAUUGCAUUGCGUCAUGUUUACUUCCUUGCAUAUGCGCGGCGGCGUUCCCGGCGGCUUCAGGUAUCGUAAAACAAUUCAUACGCAACGUCGAAGCGGCUUUGAUGGCUUCCUCUCCGAGUGUCACUGUCAAUGCGAGCGUUGCACGCUCCGUGCCGUGUAUGCGCGCACUUACGCUCCGACUGUGUGCGUGUGUGUGCGUGCGUUGUAAAUCUCGAUGCAAGCAGGUGAAUAACGAAGAAAACCGAAUGGAAAUAUGGAAUACAUUAUAUCUCAUCCGUCUACUUCUCUAAAGAGAGAUGCAUGAUUGUGAAUAUGAAUGCGAUGCGUGUGCAUGCGCUCCGUCCAUUCGCCUUGCCGCUCGCCGACGAAAAUGCGACGAUUCUUCGCGAUCGUCAACUGCGGUGCUGAAACGUUAUCGCCAGAUAGCCAAGUCUCUCUCUCUCUCUCUCUCUCUCUCUCUCUCUCUUGCAAAGCGCGUAUCCGUGUAUUCACGAUCGCUGUGAUCACCCCGUCGCUUCGAAAAUUCGCCAAGAACUAACACAAGAUUUGUGCUUUUCAGCUGCAAUGAGAAUGUGCGCAGUGAUCAAAUGAUUAAAGGCUGCUACGACACUUUUCAUCCGUGAGUUUUGCAACGUAUCCCGUAUUCAAUCGGAGAAUCGGGUUUUUUCAGAAAUCCUCCCAAGAGAUACGUUUUCCUUUUCGGAUGGGACGCGAGACUCACCGAGGAAAAGUGUCACGGCCUUUAAUCAUCCGACCAUGCACAGGACGACAGUCGAGGAAAACGCAAUUCGAGAGCGCAAGAGUGUACAAUUGUUGUGUUUCUAUUGAUAUUCAAAAUUACUCUUCGGACUCAAAAUUCGAAUUUAACGAGCGCUGAAAGAAAGACUCACGCCUCUGUUUUCAAAAACCAAUGGCCCGUUCCUUAUAGCUGCACUGUUGAACCGGUGCAAUAAGUUGAAGUGAGAAAACACAUACUUAUCUCACUUCAGCUUGUUGCAAUAGUUCAGCAGUGCAGCCAUAAAGAACAAACCAUAGGUGGGCGAUCGGUACAGUGAACUGUCCGUUCUAGCGAGUAUCGCCGCACUUUGAAAUAGCACGGCUACGUUUGACGUCGUUUCUGCUGAAAAGAACGCCUCGCACCGCGCGCACGCGCACACACACACACACACUUUUUACGUUAGACUGCGAUAGAUCGGUUCGGCUAAAAACAACAAGUCUAACACGAUAUUAGCGCGUCUGCUAACGAUAGAACGACGUUGAUGUUUGUUGCCGUCACAAUUAGUUGGCGCGCGCGGUGUCGUCGCGCGCAGGCGAUGAAUUCGGGAGCCGUCUGUAACGAGUGUUUUAUCAGCCGACAGACGCACACGAGUGUCAAUAUGUAGUUGCGGUACGCGCGCGCUACUUUCGUAUUCAACGCCAUUUUUCCUCGUGAAAAGCCUACGCAAUCGAUCUCUAUCUCUAAAAAAAAAAAAACCCCCACAUUUAUCUCUCUCGCUCACACUUCCGCUAAACUGCCCUCGCCGAUCGCGUCGCGCGAUCUGCCGCGAAAAAUCAUUCGGCACGGCUAUCGCGCGUUGUUAAACGAGAUUACUGCGAAAGUCAUAUCACCAAGUUCGCGAUACAGAGAUGAUGAUUACUGUAGUUAAAAAAAAAAAAAAGCGUUUUUCCAAUUUUCCGC